AUGCGGGUAGAAACGAAAUGCACACGUAUCACGAAUAAUAACUCCCCCCUGACGGAUGUCACUGCCCCCGAGAUCGAAUGCAAUGCAAACAGCGGACCCGCUCAGUCAGUCUGUGAUGUCCAAGCCGGAGGCAAGCUUACAGUCGAGAUGCACCAACACGAUACCCGAGGGUGCACUGAAGAAGCGAUUGGCGGCCGCCAUUUCGGUCCAGUGCAGGUCUACAUGUGCAAGGUUGCAGAUGCAGCAUCAUCAACCGGCGGCUGUAAUUGGUUCAAGGUGGCUUCGAAUUCGUAUGCGGGCACCGAUGCAUCGUGGGGAACAGAAAUUCUGAACGAGAACUGCGGAAAAAUGGAAUUCGCUGUCCCGAAGAGUAUCGCAUCAGGCGACUAUCUUGUCCGUGCGGAGGCAAUUGCGCUGCACUCGAUGCCGGCACAAGUUUAUCCCGGCUGUUACCAAGUCAAGGUGACCGGCGGAGGGUCUGCCAAUCCUCCUGGUGUGCGCUUUCCAGGGGCCUAUUCCCAAAGUGAUCCGGGCAUCGACAUCAACAUAUAUCAGGACAAGAUCGAAUAUAAUGCUCCAGGACCUACUAUCUUCACGGGGUGAACGCAUUUCAACUGUGUCCAGGCAGAUGCCACGGCCGAAAGAUAAGGCCGUCAGGAAAAUACUUAGCUCAAUAUUCCAUGCUCCUUAAACAAUAGCAUCAGGCGCCCCAGUGAUGAUAUGUCAGGAUAUAUCCAAGUUUAUGUGUUCGCCUGGAGAAAAGAAAGAAGAAAUGGGACUCAGAAUAGAAAUCAGUUCCCAGCAUCGACAGUACUGAUUUAGCAUACCACUAAUUACACUUUAAGGUAGACCUCAAAGACGAUAACGAAAAGAUAUGAUUUAUACUUUCUAGCCGUAGAUUGAAACUCAUCAUGCUCAGUGGUUGCAUUGACGCUUCAAGACCUCAAGGACUUCUUGAGGAGCAUCGACCGCUUCAUGCCAUGGCAGCUUCCUCAAAUUCCCAUAUUUCUCCCUAUAAACAAUAGGAUCGACCUGGCUUGAGUUAGUGAUACCCGGAUCUGUGGCAUCAAGA